CGCCGUCGCCCCCGCCCGCGUGUCGGCGGGUUGCCAUGGCGGCGGGCAGGCGGCCGCGGCCCUGAGCUGCGCGGGAACCCUCCCGCCCGCGGCCUAGCCGGCCCGGCCCUAUCCGCUCCACCCCGCCCCGCCAUGGAGGACGAGCUCUACCUCGAGAACAUCGACGAGUUCGUCACCGAUCAGAACCGCAUCGUAACAUACAAAUGGCUAAGCUACACUCUGGGAGUUCACGUCAACCAGGCUAAACAGAUGCUGUAUGAUUAUGUAGAAAGGAAACGAAAGGAGAAUUCAGGAGCUCAGCUUCAUGUCACCUACUUAGUUGCAGGAAACCUCAUCCAGAAUGGACACAUUUGCCACAAGGUUGCAGUAGUGAGAGAGGAUAAACUUGAAGCAAUGAAGUCUAAACUAGCCACGAUUGCGAGCGUGCAUGUCUACAGCAUUCAGAAAGCCUUGCUCAAGGACAGCGGGCCACUCUACAACACAGACUAUGAUAUUGUCAAAACAAACCUGCACAACUGCAGCAAGUUUAGUGCCAUUCACUGUGCCGCUGCAGUCCCUAGGACGUCGGCUGAAGUUUCUCAAGUGCAGACGUCUGUACAGGCUGGUUCCCAGACACCAAGUGACACGAAUGCUGUCAGCGUACCUGUGGUCAACGGCCACGGUCCAUCGACCACAAAACAGACCGCGCAGCAGCCCAAAGGGAUCAUGGGAAUGUUUGCAGCAAAAGCGGCUUCCAAACCCCAGGACACAAAUAAAGAAACUAAAGCAGAGGCUAAGGAGGCCCCAGGCGUGUCUGCAGUAAGCAGCAAACCACCAGCAAAGGGCAACAUAAUGAACAACUUCUUUGGAAAAGCUGCCAUGAAUAAACUCAAAGUCAACUCUGUGCCUGAGCAGCCAAAGGAGGAGAAAGAAGUAGUCAAGCCUUCAGUUCCUGUAGCAGAACCAGAGUCAUCCCCUAAUACUGUAGCAGAGAAACCUGGGAAGAAAACAGAGUCUGCUAGAAUUCAGCAAAAGGACAAAAAAAGUAAAAUGAAGAGGGUGGACAAGUCGGAUAAUGAGGAAGAAAGAAUUCCUGAAAAUCUAAAGAAAAAGAGGAAGCGAAUCAAACAACUUCAGUCUGACAGCAGUGACGAGGAAGCUAAUGGCUAUCCAAACCACCCUGAUGAGGUCUGCAUUCAGUCAUUUGGUUCUGCUGCUUGCCCUUCUAAAUCCAACCGGAUGAAAGAAGAUAGAUUUGAAUUCUUUGAAAUAUUCAUACUGAAUCCAAACUGCAGCUGGACUUUGAGAGUGUUUACCCUUGGAAAGGUUGGAAACAGGUUUCUCCAGAGAGCAGGGGCAAUUUUAAUCAGCAGCAUCAGUGAGCAAAAUGGGGCCUGGAGUGACAUUGUUCUACGCUGCAUCCCUCUGGGAGCAGGGAGGAAGGCACCAUAUGCUGCACAGCAUUUGGAAAUCGCUGCCGGACAGGGCACGGUUCAUCCACCACCUGUGUAAUUCACCCACAGAUGAUUGUGUGGUAAGUUUUAAAUAUGCAAAAUGCAAUAUGGGAAGCUGCACCACCAGAGCAGAUACCAAAGGCUAACAGUCUAGCUGCUGCUUAUGCUAACACGCCACGCUAACCUGUCUGACCUCCGCUCGAAGCAAACGAGGAGGUGCUUGCACAGGCUGCUCCAUGCGGCUCGAGGAGGCACGGCCUCUGGCAGGGGCGCUAACCUUUCCUGCGGGUGCAGCUGCAGAUAAAAGGGGACGCUUGUCCGCAGCCAUUGCUGUGAUUGAAUGGCGUUCAGACAGGGCUCCACCUGUGUAACUGCUAGUAAAACCACUGCCCCUUUUCAGGCAGACUUAGCGACAGUUUGUGGGUUUGAAACUGGGUCCAUACAACUGAUGCGAAGCGCUGUAUGGGUGCUUUUAUGUCAGGGCAAGUCUUUCGCGUUGUUCUAUAUUAGUCUGUUCUUAAUGUACUGAAAUUAGCCCAAAAUAAGCUCUUCUUACACGAGUGUCAGCACAUUGUACCAAGUUGAAAAUACAGAGAGGGCAUAAGGCACAAUCCUCUCCAUUUAAAUGAUUUUUCAUUAAAAAGUUAUAUUGGUAUGAGGGUGCCUUAGUCACUGCAGGUUGUUUUGCUUCCAGUGCCAGAAUAAACUACACAAGUGUGUCCACAGAGGACAGGAGGUUUUGGCAGCUUCAGCUAUACCAACACAGGCAGCGUUUCGCUGUGUUGACAAGUGUUUUACAGCCACUUUGGAGGGUGAUUUCAGUGGCACUGUAACCUACAAACUCUAUCGGUUUCGGAGAGCCGCAGCAGAAGCACUAAAGCUUCUCACAGUUUUUCCAGGCAGGGUCAGAGCAAACUGAACAAAGCCAGGAUUUACAUCUUUGGUACAUCCAAUUGCCCAACUUGUAUCCAUUUCAUGCAGCUGUUGCUGUUGAGUAAACUGUGGGCAGCAGCUAGAGGUUGACUCAGGAGUUAUCACAUGUCAGAGGGCUGUGUUGGCUAGAAGAGGAUAAUAAAGUAAUAGAGACGCAGCUUGAUGGUAGUCCGAAACACUGACGUGGGGAGAAGGUGCCUUCUGCCUGCCAAAAACUGGGAGAACUUGUUUGAAGGAGGCUGAAAAAAAGCCCAAAUUUCCCCCAAGCAAGCAUAGUGGAGUUGACACGCUGAAAAUACCUUCAGCAGCCUCUGCUCAAGCACGGCAGAGGUGGUAGUUUUUCAUCAGGCUGGUUUUCAGCCCUCUUAGCCUAUGCUCUCUUAAAAAUAUUUCCAAAUUGAUGUAGCCAGCCUGGGUUGUCUGUGAAGCAGGUUCGGUGCUGUGCAGUAUAUGGGCGCUUCAGCCUGCAGUUGCUGUGAGACUAUGAUAAAUAUUGAGAAUUUUGAGUUCCCUGCAGCUCCUCGGCUGUGGUCCUGGCUGCCCCAGCAGUUAGCACCUUAGAGCAGAUCUGUUGUUUGGUUUUAUCUUUGCACAGCUGCCAGACCCAGCUCUUUGGAGCAAGGUGAAAUACCGAGUCAUGUUAUCCCACUCUGUUUGCAUUUCUGUGCCUCGCUUACUGAAGUAGUUAGGAGGCUGAGUCCUUGUUUGAAGAAUGUAAUUUAUUAUUUAGCCUUGGCAGCCAACCACUGUUUCACUUGAGCCCUUCUUAACCUAUGAAGGUCAGUUGGCCAUAUGCCUGGCACAGUCAUAACUCUUAACACUGACCUAAUCGGUUGGGACAGCUACAGAUCCAGAAUUCGUGUUACAACGACAGCAUGAAUGCAGUGCUACAGCCAGCAGAGCCGGGAGGAGAAGCCAAGCAGGCUCUCUGUCCUCCCGUCCUGCGGCAUCGUUGUUGUUAUUAAGCAAUAGGUCAGAUGAGGAGUUUCUUCCCCCCACGUUCCUAGCCCUCCCCCACAUUUGAGGACUUGCAUGGCAGCGUUUCUCACUUGGAUUUGGAGAGGAUUCCUUAAAGCCGUUUAAAUUAGUCACGGUGCCUGCUGCGUGGUGCAAGGUGCUGCUCCUUCCCCUCUUGCCCUGCACUGAUUUUUCUUCACCGUCACGGCUCUGUCCCUCUGCCAGCCCCACAGAAGAGUGACCCUGGCUUUCUCAUUUGUCUGUAAGCCCUGCUAGUCUCACUAAAGCCCUGUUUGACACUGCUGGUAGAGGCUCCAGAGCUGGUUUUGCUCUGUACAAAUUUGUGAAGGUGACCUUGACCAUUUCAGUCGGGUCGGGUAUUAAAAGGAUUCCACUCUCUGUCCUUGCAGCUGGAGGACAGUGUAGAUGAUGGCAGAUGAGAGAAUGGGCUUAGUUUUUUGGGGUCGUUUGGGGUUUUUUUUUGUUUUACAAAUGAAAGGUUGGGGUGUCCCUUAACAAUCUUUUAGGAUGGGUAAUAGUAUAUUGCACUUAAUUCGUGGAUUAAGGUAGUUCCAAGCUAAUGGCAUGGAUUGUUUGGGAUGCGUAGCACCACCUGUGAAGCAGUAACUGUUUUACGAAUGGGGGAGAGGUAGAGAAACUAAGGUCAUCCAGUGAUUUGGGAAUGCAUAGUCUUAAACCCUGACUCUUUCAAUUUCUAAACAAAUUACAGUCCCUCUUUUUAAUGAGCAAGUGAAAUAUAUGGUUAAAACAUACCAGGUUUUGUGCCUGUUUUUAAAGUUUCAUUUGGUGGAACUGAUAUUUGGUUUACCAAAAAUCUGAAAUGCACUUUUCCCAUCCUAUCCCACCCUCCACCCUCCUUCCUUUGGGAACUGCAAUGCAUAGCACCUUAGCACAGGACAAGCCGUCUGGCUGGAGGCCGACUGCUUUGGAUGAUUUGUCCUGACUUGAAUUAAACAAAUCUGAGUGAGAACUUGUAAACCUUGAUCUGAAUACAGGUUACAAGCAAUUGCUCAGAGUUAAAUGAAGUGAUCUGAGACAAAAGGGUAGCUGCAAGGGGGCAUUAGACCCACGUACUAUCAAGAUG